AGAUUUCUCUAAUUUUGCGAAUACGAUAGAAAUAUAAACCCUGAGUCGUUCCUUUUUUAAUAGUGUUAUUUUUAAUUGUAUUAUUUUAAUUUGUUUUAUCUUUUUUGUGUUACAGAAUGUCGCGUGCAUUUUUGCUGGCAUUUGCGGACGAAGAGAGAAAACGAAGUUUGUCCAGAAUCCAGAAACGUCGACUGCGGGAUUGCAACAAUUCUCUGGAUUUACCGGAGAAGGAAUUCAUGGCAAAUUUCCGUGUCAACAAAUCAGGGUUUCAGCAAGUUUUGGCAGAGUUACGUCCAUUUCUGCAACGUGCUCAACGAAACACUGCUGUUGCAAUUGAGCUAAAAAUAUUGGCAGUCCUAAACUUUUAUGCAAAUGGAUCAUACCAACGAAGCUCCUCAUUCAUUUGCAACAUGUCUCAACCUACAUUUAGUAGGUGCCUACAUGAGGUAACCGAUGCUCUCAAUGUACGGGACGUGCUACUCAAGUACAUAAAGUUUCCUUCCACUCAACAAGAACGGGAAUCCACCAUGAGAGUGUUUAUGGAAAAAUUUGGAUUCCCAGGAGUUAUUGGGUGCAUUGAUGGAACCCAUGUUGCUAUAAUAAGGCCCACUGACCAUGAAGAAGCUUUUUUUAAUAGAAAACAUUAUCAUUCAUUAAAUGUUUUGCUGAUUUGUGAUGCGAAUUUGCAAAUACUGCAUGUUGAUGCAUCCUAUGGAGGUGCAUCACAUGAUUCAUUUGUGUGGAACCAAUGCUGCAUUAAAUCUCACCUAGAAGGAUUGGAAAGAUCUGGGGAGCAUUGUUGGCUAUUAGGUGAUUCUGGAUAUGCACAACGCCCUUGGAUGAUGACACCUAUAUUAGAGGCUGCUGUCGGUUCACCAGAGGAACAUUACACCACACUGCAUUGCAAAGUUCGCAAUACCGUUGAGCGUUGCAUAGGUGUAUUAAAGAAUCGUUGGCGCUGUUUAUUAGCACAUAGGGUUCUUCACUAUGACCCAGUGACUGUGGCUAAAAUUGUGAAUGCAUGUGUUGUACUACACAAUAUAGCAAACAUACACAAUGUUCCUCUGCCGGAGCCUGAGAGUGAAGAGUCUGACUAUUUGGAACAGAGCCAAAUCUCCCAACAGAUUAGAGCUGCAGCAAAUCUAGAUAAUUCAAGGACCAGAGAUAUUCUAGUCCAAAGAUUAUGGAAUACCAGGACUAAUUUAUAAACUCUUCCUGGCAUUAUUAAUGGUUUAAGAAUAUUUAUCUAUUUAGUACAAAUCGCGAGGCGCCCCCAGACCCAGACCCAAAACCCUGAAAAUCGGGACAUUCGGCAACACUAUGUGUAAGAACUAAAGUUUAAAUAUUUACUUAAAACCAUUUUAUUUGAUUGGGAUGACUGUCGUUAAAAUAACUCAUUUUUUUUUCUUUCUUCACAUGUGGCUUCCCCGGCGACCACGGGCAUGCGAGGUGCAAGAUUCCCAGCACUUCCCCACCAAGGCGAGCUGAACGAGCCGCAGGAUGCGGUACCUAUUUCAAAACUUGGCUUACCAAGUAACAUUAUUUGAAUUAUAUAAUUUAAUUUCCUCUUAACAUAGUUGCAUUAAAAUAGUUUUAUAUAAUUUAUUCAUUCAAUACAUUAGCUUCACUUGCAUUGUAUAACUUUCUCAGGGAUAACUAGCACUAUAUGAAAAUUAUUGUAAAAAAUUGAUUUUUUUUAAAAGAGUGUCUAUGGAGUUUCUUGCCGGUUCUUCUCCAUGAGACCCACUCCUUGGAACCGUGCAACUAGCUUGACAUUUCGCAAGAGCUUUUCUACUUGUGAACUUUUAUGCGCCUAUUUUAAAUAAAUAAAAUAUAAUUUUA